AUGCUGGAACAGCAACAAACACAACUAGUAGCUGGUCUUCGAGAACUCUACAAUCGCUUACAGAGGGGCGAGAGUUGGCCUGGACAGCCGUUGCAGGAAUCUUCAGGCGGCCAUCCAUUAACACACGACAUUCUGGAACGCCUUGAUCUUCUACACUCGUCCGGAGAUGACAAGAACCAUUACGAGGGCUUCGAAGAAGACACCCAUCGCAUGCGACAAAGACUGCUUGAAGGAGGCGCACCCUAUACCCGAAGACGGGCAUCCGUUAGCUCAGACUCCGAACACGACCACGUUCCACCGAACUCAUCGUAUAACGGUACUCCGACCACCAAAUCGUUUGCUUUCGACAGCCCAUUUGCAUGCCACAACGCGCCGCCAACACCGCCGAUGAACAGUCUAUUUCCCCGACAGUCUCAAGUGGUUUCGCCAGUCAAGCAAGAAGUACCAAUAGUGCAAGCGCCCUUUAUGAGCACCACUGCUAUGGAUCCGUCGACACUGUCUCGGGCGCCAUGGAUGAACGACACAAUGAUAAUGAAAGACCCAGUGGACUUCAGCAAGCCCAAGUACGGAUUCGACAACUUCGGCGCCUACGAUCAGAACAUGAUGGUAGAUCCGAUUUCGAUAAGUCAAAGCGAUCCAAUGAUGCCAGACUGGAACAUUCAUAGCGACCUGGAUUUCAGCAGUUUCAUACAAAAUUCCGUUGGCGCAUGA